AUUGCUGCCAACGACACUAGAGAUUUAACUGAAGAAAUGACCUACGAGGCACAGUCAACAUCAUUUCCAGUAACCGAUCCUAGCCUAGAGGAACUGCUGUGGAACCUCGAUCUAAGCGAAUUCCAAUCACCCGUGGAUGAUUCAAUCCCUGCUCCAGACCAUUGCGUCUUAGAUGCAAAAUGCAGAGCAAUUAUAAGCAAUGUGAAAUCUUUUUUUGAGGAAUUGAAGAGGCGAUUGGGCAAGAAAUGCACGGGCACGAUAUUCAACGCCCCGACACAACUAACUGCUGUCGCCUGUGGUGUUUCCAAACGCCUGGCCAGCAGUAUCCAAACAGGGCCUGAAUACAUCCGUAAGCCAAUACCUUACACACACGUGCGCCCUCAGUGGGGGCGCGAACUUCGAAGGAAAGAAGCCCUAAGGAAGUACAGUGGGGAAUGGGGGUCCGUCAUACGCCACUUUGUACAUGCAAAGUUCAGGAAUGAAGUGAGUGUGACGGUGGCAGACUUAUGGAAUGAAAUGAAGGAAACUUACCCCACAUUCCCCCUGUCACAAACCACGUUCUAUUACCUCCUAAGAGGUCUGGGCUUCACCUAUCGAAUAAAUGAUGGCCAAAGAUACAUUUUUGAAAACCCAAGCAUUGUGGAUAAGAGGGCUAGGUUCCUCACUAAGGUAGAGCAGGCAAGGCGAGAGAACCACCUCAUCGUUUAUCUUGAUGAAACUUGGGUUUAUGAUAGUAUGACGAGAAAAAGGGGGUGGAAUGACGAUACAAUCCCCCAAUUCGCCCCCGCUUCAACAAUGGAGGAGUUUUCCUGUGGCAAAACGCAUGCGAAAAACAAAGGAAAACGAGCCAUUGUAAUUGGCGCCAUGAGUGAGGAAGGCAUCAUCGCGGGUUGUACACGAGUGAUCUUCAGCGGCCAGGGAUUGAUCGAAGACGAUCACCAUGGCGAUAUGAACCAUGCGGUAUUCGAAGAAUGGUUAAGGGAUUCGCUCCCAUACAUGCUGAAUGCCGCCGCGGAUAGGUGCUUAUCCAUAGUUAUGGAUAAUGCACCUUAUCACUCACGUGCUUUAGAGAAGGUGAUUGUUCGUAUUUAG